GAGCUUCCGUUCCGUUCUCCUUCCUUGUUGAUCCCUGCGGUCUUCAUUGAGCAAUAGUUGUGACUUUUAGACUUUUGGUUUUCGAAAGCAGUGGUGAUACGUAGGCCUAUGUUAGGAAUGUUUUUGUUCCACUUUAGAACACCGACAAGGUAAGCAGGACAGUCAUUUUUUGGGAAACCUAUCGUUCCGCUUCGAAACGCGAUGGCAUCUGACAGUCUUCUGCAGUCUGGUCAGCAACCUUUCUGACGGCUAAUGGAGUUCCAGGAGUUGCUGCUGCAGGUGGAGCAGUCUCUCAGUAAGACUGAUGCCCAGGGACUUGUGUUCCUUUCCGUUGAUCUCCUUGGUCGUGAUCUAAGCUCUCUGUCCUCUACCGGAGAGCUGUUCAGCUUGCUAAUGGACAAUGACUUCUUGUCUAGCGAGAAUACUUCUUUACUCACAGAGCUGCUUCACACUUGUCAUCGGCAAGAUUUGAUACGGCAAUUGGGCCUCCGAACAGAUCAGCAGCCAGGGGAAAGCCUCAUUGGGCCCUACAGAAAGCUCCUCUUUGAACUGUCUGAAAACAUCACUGAGAAAGACCUUAAAAGCAUGAAGUUUUUGCUGUUCAAAACUCUACCUCGCAGCAAACUGCAUGACAAAAUGACUACUCUUCAACUUCUGAUGGAGUUGGAGAAAGAGGAUCUUUUGAGCAGCGAAAAUUUGGACAUUUUGAAGAAAUGCCUAUCAUCUGUCUGCCCCAUCUUGACAAAAAGAAUUGACCAAUUUAAAAGAGAAACUGAUCGAAGUUCAAAUCAACUGCCAAAUCAAAUGAACAUAGACCACAUAUUCCAAGAAACAGCAGCAGGAAAAAUUAGCGUGUCAGAGAUGGUAGUUGGUUCACAGGACGCAUUAAGUCAGCAUCCAUCCAGCAUUUCUUUUGACGAGCCUCGUCCACCAUCAUGUUUCUGUAAAGAGCUCUCCCCUUCAACGGAGGAAUCUGGAAUCGUAAGAAAUUCUGAACAUCCAGAGUCCUUGAUUGCCCCAACAGAAGAACUAGAAAGUCUGAGUCUUAGCAGCACUGACAACAGUGAGGUGCAGAGCUCUCAUUUCUCUGUCUCUGUCCCUGUGGAUCUUAAACAAAGCAGUCACAAUGUCAUGGACCUGCCAAAAUAUGACAUGAAGGGGGAUAAAAGAGGCGUCUGCUUAAUCAUAAAUAAUCAUGAGUUCUCAAAAUCUGUCACGCCACUUGGUAACAGAGAUGGAACCCAAUUUGAUGAAACGAGGUUGAAGGAGGUGUUUGAGUGGCUGGGCUUUGAGGUAGAGGUCCGGCGGGAUUGCACCAAGCAGCAAAUACUGUGCCUGCUGAAGGAGGUCAGCAGGAGGGAUCACUCCCAGGUGGACUGCUUUGUGUGCUGCGUGCUCAGCCACGGCCUCAACGGCACCAUCUACGGAGUGGAUGGAAACCAGGUCAGACUUCAGCAGUUCACGGAGCUUUUCUCAGGGCACCUCUGCCCCUCCUUGAAGGAGAAGCCCAAACUCUUCUUCAUCCAGGCGUGCCAGGGCCAUAAAGAGCAGCAAAUCGUCUUCCUCCAGACUGAUGGUCCCAGGUCUCUCUCCAGUGAUGCAGGAGCAAACUCCAUUCCAGCUGAUGCAGACUUCUUGCUAGGCAUGGCAACCACACCAGAGUAUGCCUCUUUCAGGGACAGAAAGGAGGGCACAUGGUUCAUUCAGUCUCUAUGUGAAAAGCUGCAAUUACUGGUGCCUGAGGGCGUUGACUUACUCACCAUCCUGACAGAAGUGAACAAUGAUGUAAGCAAGAAAGCAUAUGGUAUCAAAAAGCAAAUGCCCCAACCAGUGUACUCACUACGGAAGAGACUCAUUUUUCCCAUCCCUAGCAGUCCACGGCCCUGUCGCCCAGCAAAAAAAACAAUUGUAUCAUGAAAGAGCAGAAUUAUGAUUUAUAAAAAAAAUCUUACAAAAACA